AUGCAUAUAACGCUUCUCACCAUUGCCUUGGCUGCCCUUUGUGUGCUCUCUGCGUAUGGGCAGACGAUCACAACGACCAACGCGUUGGGACUCACCGUUGUCGAGGAAGUGACACUGGAUCCGCUUGGAUUACCGACGACUGAGGUCAUAUCAACCUUGACCGGCGCCGUGACUACCACCAAACCCACAACUACGACGACAAGUCCCACUACGACUUCGACAACACCUACUACAGCUCUCACAACACCAACUACAUCCCCAACUACCACGACCACUACUACCCCACAAGUUGUUGAACAGCCAGCACCAACGGAUGGACCUGCGCCUGCCACAGUCUAUGUCUAUACAACGACAAACGCUGCCGGUGGUACGGUUGUUCUCCAGGGUACAUUCACUCCUACGUUUGCCCCGACAACGUUGCCUACACCUACCACUACUGGUACCAUUCUCGCAUACAGCCAGUGGUUGAGCUUAGUCGGGACGAGCACAGUUGCAGCGAGUGACGCUAUAGUGCGGUGGAAGAUAGAUCGCAGCUGGCUUGGCAUGCUUGUCGGCACUCUCGCCGGAUUCAUGGGUGGUGCUUGGCUCGCGCUGGUAUGA